UGGAGAUCUUUAACAGAAAGGAAAAACUCGGUUAUACUAAUUAAAAAUCCGUUUUUUAAUCCCUUCUCGUCGAAGAUGCACAUAGAAUGCAGUCGAUCGAAUAGUAAAGUUAAAGAAGAGAUCCCAUGAGGAGCAUAAAACGAAUAAAAUCGAUGCAAACAGGGAAGCUUUGGACUGUGAUAUAUCAUAAAUUGCAUCGUUCUGACGAUUCGAUCGAGUAGGAAAAUUAUUUGCCCACUGAAAAAUUAAAAGAUUCCGUGGAGGAAGAUUUAAUAUGCCUCGCUAUAAAAUGCCAAAACAAGUAGAAUUGGACGAUGAAUUCUGGAACAAUUUACGAGUGUUAUGGAUUUGUUAAAUCUAAAACGAUCGGCAAUUGGGGCAUCAAAUUGUCACGGAGAGCUCAAUAAAAAUGUUACGAGGAGAGGGAGAUCAGUGUCAUCUACAGGCUUUCCCUCCAGCCCAAUUAAGCAUUUGUCUUGGACCAUUCCAAUAACAGACAAAAGCAGGAAUUCUUUUUUCAUAUCUGCACUACCUUCAGGAAAAGGAGGUUUGGUGAAUAUAUUCAAUCUACCAUCUAUAGAUAUACAUUUAAGUCAAGAAUUCGACUUACUUGAAACAUAUGAAGAUGAAUAUGGGGGGGUGAUCAUUGAUCCAAAGAGCUUGCCCUUGAAUGCCAACGCUUUUAUUUCAUCCCUUCGUGCAUCGCUUUCAAGUUGGAAGAAAAAGGGAAAAAGGGGUGUCUGGCUUAAGCUGCCAAUUGAGUAUGUGGAUCUUGUUCCUGUUGCAAUCAAGGAAGGUUUUAGUUAUCAUCAUGCGGAGCCAACAUACACAAUGCUGACAUAUUGGAUCCCUGAUGGAGAAUGUAUGCUACCACCCAAUGCCUCUCAUCAAAUUGGAGUUGGCGCUUUUGUCAUUAAUGCUAACAGAGAGGUGCUAGCUGUGCGAGAGAAACAUGGCAACUUGGAAGACUCUCAGACAUGGAAGAUGCCAACAGGAUUGAUUAAUCAGUCUGAAGAUAUAUUUACUGGAGCUAUAAGAGAAGUGAAGGAAGAAACAGGGAUUGACUCGGAGUUUUUGGAAGUAAUAGCAUUCAGGCAUGCACAUCAUGUGCUUUUUGAAAAGUCUGAUUUGUUUUUUCUCUGUGGUCUUAAACCACUGAAUUUGGAUAUUGUGAAGGAUGAUUCAGAAAUUCUAGCAGCACAGUGGAUGCCACUACAGGAGUUUGCAUCACAACCAUUCUACCAUGAACAAAGUAUGUGUAAGAAGAUGCUUGAUGCAUGUAUUGCUUCUUUUGAAAACCGCUACAAGGGGUUUUCUGCUUUUCAAUCCUAUGAAGCUUGUGACAGUCACCCUUCCUGUUUCUACUUCAACGAUAGGGAUAUAAAUUAACUAAAUGUUAAUCAAUUAAGAAGAAAUAAAAUGAAAACGAAAUAGAAUUAAAGAAUUAAAAAAUAUUGGAGGGAAAACACAAUGGCUGUUGGGUUUCAUAUCCAACACUAAAUCCCUUCUCUAGAGAUCAAUGUAUUAUGCCAUAUUUUUAAGAUACUGUAAAUUUGUAAGUAUAACUUUAUUUCUCUGGGUAUUGUAAAUUUUAUGAAA